CAUUGGUAAACCGCAAAUUAUGCAGGGAAAUUAUAACAGAUGACAACAAAAAAAGAGAAGAACAAAAAAGAAACAAGUAAUUUACUAGGGCUCUAGGAAAUCAAAAUCAAAGGGAGAAAGAAGAGGAAAAAUUGAAGAAGAAAAGAAGAAGAACACAGCUAGCGAAUUCGCGUAUGGCUGCUCCGAAGACGUUGACGGCCCUGGCUGAAGAGAAGACAUUGCAUGCAAACUUCAUUCGCGACGAGGAUGAACGCCCCAGAGUAGCUUACAAUCAAUUCAGCAACGAAAUCCCCGUGAUCUCCCUUGCCGACGGGACCAACGAGGAGGCAAAAAGAAGGGAAGUUUGCAAGCAAAUCGUCAAAGCCUGCGAGGAAUGGGGGAUUUUUCAGGUCGUGGAUCAUGGAAUCGACUCGGACCUUAUAUCUAAUAUGACUCGUCUCGCUCUCGAAUUUUUCGCUUUGCCGCCCGAUGAGAAGCUCCGAUUCGACAUGUCUGGUGGGAAGAAAGGUGGCUUCAUUGUUUCCAGCCAUUUACAGGGAGAAGCGGUGCAGGAUUGGCGCGAGAUAGUAACCUACUUUUCGUACCCGAUCCGGAACCGGGACUAUUCGCGGUGGCCGGACAAGCCGCCGGCGUGGAGGGCGGUGACGGAAGAGUACAGCGAGAAGGUAAUGGGAUUGGCAUGCAAACUGCUGGAGCAUCUGUCAGAAGCCCUGGGGUUGGAGAAGGAAGCGCUGGUCGAAGCCUGCGUAGAUAUGGACCAAAAAGUGGUGGUGAAUUACUACCCGAAAUGCCCUCAGCCUGACCUGACCCUCGGCCUUAAGCGGCACACUGAUCCGGGGACCAUCACGGUAUUGCACCAGGACCAGGUCGGAGGCCUCCAAGCCACCAGGGAUGGAGGUCAAACCUGGAUCACCGUUAAACCCAUUCAAGGCGCCUUCGUGGUCAACCUCGGUGAUCAUACCCACUUGCUUAGCAACGGGAGGUUCAAGAGCGCGGACCAUCGGGCAGUGGUCAACUCAAACUGUAGCCGGCUCUCAAUAGCCACAUUUCAGAAUCCAGCUCCUGAGGCAAAGGUUUAUCCACUGAAGAUGAGAGAUGGUGAGAAAGUUGUGAUGGAGGAAGCGAUCACAUUUGCGGAGAUGUACAGGAGGAAGAUGAUGCGGGACCUUGAGCUGGCUCGGUUAAAGAAGUUGGCCAAAGAUCAAACAACUGAUGCUGAUGGCAAGCCUAAAGGGGAAGCCACGCCUUUAGAAGAGAUUCUUGCUUGAACUUUUUCUUCUUCUUGUUUUUUUUAUAUAUAUCAUA